AUGUCUCGGACCACCUCUUCGCCACUGCCCGACAUUGGCGAUCUUCCCAGCAACUUCGUCGAUCAUCUCCUUCUCAUCACUCAGUCCCUGGUCAACAGCAAGCCACCGCCCUCUGUUGUGUGGCAAGAUGUCGAUGGAGGCAGCUGGAAGCAAAAUCGCCGGCAGAGGACCGAGAGCACCAACGCUGAGCAUGCCACCAGCUCGGUCAUUAGUGAGCCGAUUCCAGAGAAUGGCACCCUCGACGAGGACGGGGGAACAGUCACGCUGCCCUUGCCCCGAUUUCAUUACGACGGGGGCGACGAAAAGACGCAGAAGAUCGAAGCCAACAUUGGCAGAUUAGUGGAGAGAUUGUGGCGUGCUGAGGACGAGCUAGAGAGGAUCCACCAACAGCAAAGUAAAGAGCGGCGGAGCAGCACGUUGGACAACGGUGAUUCAGAGGCGCCCCUUUCACCCACGGGCUCCGACACCAUGUCAUUCUCCCGCAGCAAGUUCCCGUAUCCCCUCAGCCACGCGCAUCCCCAGAGCAGCACAUAUCCACUCUCCUAUCCGCUCGGCAUGGGUCGCGAUGGACCCGUCCUUCUCACCCCAGCCGGUGGCAGUGGCGCUGCCGGAGGAGCCAGCGCAGGGGCCGAGGGUGCCGUCGGUGCCUUUGAGCGGUACGACGACGAGAGCGGCCUCAGUGCUCAGGAUGAGCUCAAUCUUCUCAAAGCGCAGGUGCAGGACAUUGCUCGCGUGUGCAAGGCUGUUGCAUUCGGAGAUCUCUCGCAGCACAUCACUGUUCCUGUGCAGGGACAUGUCAUGGUCGAGCUCAAAGACAUCAUCAAUCAGAUGGUCGAUCGCCUCUCUACUUUCGCCGCAGAGGUCACGCGAGUUUCGCUCGAAGUAGGCACGCAGGGCAAGCUGGGAGGUCAGGUUGAGGUUGAGGGCGUCGAGGGCCGGUGGAAGGAGCUUAAGGAUGUGGUGAAUAGACUAGCCGAGAACCUCACAAACCAAGUGCGAGGUGUUGCCCUCGUCACAAAGGCCGUCGCAAGAGGAGACCUUUCCAAGAAGAUCGAGGUGCAGGCCGACGGCGAGAUUCUUGAGCUCAAGGUCACAAUCAACGUCAUGGUGGACCAACUCCGACACUUUGCGGACGAGGUCACUCGCGUUUCCAGAGAAGUCGGCAGCAAGGGCCAGCUUGGCGGACAAGCGAGCGUUCCCGGUGUCCAAGGCGUCUGGGAGGAACUGACGAUCAACGUAAAUCGAAUGUGCGCCAAUUUGACGGAACAGGUGCGAUCCAUUGGCAUGGUCACGACGGCCGUUGCGAAGGGAGACUUGACAAAGACGAUCGACAUCGACGCAGAGGGAGAAAUGGCACAGCUCAAGGACACCGUCAAUUCGAUGGUGGGCCAGCUCCGUAUCUUUGCGAGCGAAGUCGUGAGAAUGUCGAUGGAAGUCGGUACCCACGGCAAGCUCGGCGGCCAGGCGCACGUCCCAAAUGUCGAAGGAACCUGGAAAAACCUGACCGACAAUGUCAACAAAAUGGCAGACAAUCUUACAUCUCAAGUGCGAGAGAUUGCUCGGGUAACGAAGUGCGUCGCAGAGGGUGUCCUCACCGAGUUCAUCAAUGUCGAUGUCAAGGGCGAGAUUCUCGACCUCAAAUUGACAGUCAACAACAUGGUUCGGCAACUCAAGACUCUCUCUGACGAGAUCAUUAGGGUCUCCGUUGAGGUCGGCACCGAGGGAAGGCUCGGAGGCCAGGCCAACGUCGACGACGUCAAAGGUCAAUGGCAGGUGCUGACUGAACGAGUGAACAUGAUGGCCAGCAAUCUCACCACCCAGGUGCGAUCGAUCGCCACUGUCACAACGGCCGUCGCAGAAGGCGAUCUCAGCAAGACGAUCAACGUCGAGGUUCGCGGCGAAUUCCUUGGUCUCAAGCUUACGGUCAACAACAUGGUUGAAUCGCUCCGGACCUUCUCAACCGAGGUGACCAGAGUAGCAAAGGAGGUCGGCACCGAAGGAAGACUAGGUGGACGAGCGGAGGUGCUGGGCGUGGGAGGAACGUGGAAAGAUCUCACAGACUCAGUCAACACCAUGGCCGCCAACCUCACCCUUCAGGUACGAGCAAUUGCCCAUGCUACGACGGCUGUCGCCCACGGUGACCUGACGCAAAAGGUCACGAUUUCCGUCUCGGGCGAGAUCUUGGACCUGGUCAAGACUAUCAACAACAUGAUUGACCAACUCUCCUUCUUCGCUUCUGAGGUCACGCGUGUGGCGCGAGAGGUGGGAACGGAGGGUAAGCUGGGUGUCCAGGCUCAAAAGAAGGACAUCAAGGGCAAGUGGGGCGAAAUCACCGACAAUGUCAACAUCAUGGCCAACAACUUGACGUCGCAAGUGCGAGCCUUUGCUCAAAUCACAGCUGCGGCCACAGACGGAGACUUUACGCGCUUCGUCACUGUCGAGGCGAGCGGCGAGAUGGACUCGCUCAAGACGAAGAUCAACCAGAUGGUCUACAGCCUUCGCGACUCGAUCCAGAAGAACACGGCAGCUAGAGAAGCGGCCGAGCUUGCAAACCGGAGUAAAUCGGAGUUCCUCGCAAACAUGUCGCACGAGAUCCGUACGCCGAUGAACGGCAUCAUCGGCAUGACGGCCCUUACGCUCGAAACAGAGCUUUCGAGAAGUCAAAGAGAAAAUUUGGUGACGGUCUCGACCCUGGCCGGCAACUUACUGGCCAUCAUUGACGACAUCCUCGAUAUCUCCAAGAUCGAGGCUGGUCGCAUGAACGUUGAAGAGAUUCCCUUCUCACUCCGUGGCAUUGUCUUCAGCGUUCUCAAGACGCUUUCGGUCCGAGCGACGCAGAAGAAACUUAAUCUUCUCUACGAGGUGGCGCCAGACUGCCCCGACCCCCUCAUUGGCGAUGCGCUCAGGCUAAAGCAGAUCAUUACCAAUCUGAUCGGCAAUGCCGUCAAGUUCACAGAAGCGGGCGGCAGAGUCGCCCUCAAAUGUACAUUGGCCAAGCAGGUCUCGCCAACGCAGGCACUGCUCCAAUUCUGUGCCUCGGAUAGCGGUAUCGGCAUCAAACAGGACAAGCUCGAUGUCAUCUUUGACACAUUCUGUCAGGCUGACGGCUCGACGACUCGCAAGUACGGCGGAACCGGUCUGGGUCUGUCGAUUUCGCGGCGGCUUGUCAACCUCAUGGGCGGUGACCUUUGGGUCCGCUCCAACUAUGGACACGGGUCUGACUUCUUCUUCACGAUGCUCGUCAAGCUCGACAGCAUCAGCAGCCAUCAGGUGCGCGAUAAGAUGAGACCUUACCAAGGCCGCACCAUCUUCUACCUCGACACGCUCAACGAUCAGACGGGCAUUCGUGCCAAGCUCGAGGAGCUUGGCCUGAAAGUCACAAGGGUUCAUUCGAUCGCGGAAGCGGGACAGCGGAGAAGAACCCAGGGGCGCAUCGAUGCCAUUGUUGCCGACUCACUCUCCGUCGUCGAAGACAUUCGAUCUCUGGACCACUUGCGCUACAUCCCUAUCAACCUCGUUUCGCCCACAGAGCUCGUGCUUUCCCUCACCCAGUGCCUAGACUUUGGUAUCUCGUCGUACAUCAACACUCCGACGUCGCUGGCCGACCUGUAUUAUGCUCUUCUUCCUUCGCUCGAAUCUUCCGCCAGCGCGCCGACCGAGGGCACCAACGAAGUCGUCUACGAUAUUCUCCUCGCCGAGGACAACCUUGUCAACCAGAAGCUGGCGACUAAGAUCCUUCAGAACCAGGGCCAUCGCGUCGAGGUUGUCGACAAUGGCGAGCUGGCUUUGCAGAGGAUCCGCGAGAGGACCUACGAUGUAGUCCUGAUGGACGUUUCUAUGCCUAUCAUGGGCGGUAUCGAAGCGACCCGGCUCAUUCGGCAAUUUGAAGCAACGCUCGAGCCGCCGGCCUCGAGGGUCCCGAUCAUCGCGCUGACGGCGCACGCGAUGCUGGGCGACAAGGAGCGCUGCAUCGCUGCUGGAAUGGACGGCUACUGCUCCAAGCCGCUGAAGAGCCGGGACCUGCUCGCGACAAUGCGCCAGGUCAUUCAAGACUGCCAGCAGAAGGUCGAUGAAGUCGCAUGA